AUGGAAGCCAAACGCGGUCAAGCGCCGCCUUACAAACUGUCCUUUUUUCAAAACACAAGCAGUGGUGGAUGGGGAAAUCGUGGCGCCCCGUCCAUCACACCUGCCGCCACGUCAGCCGCAAAGGUUUCUGGCGAGCAGGAUAUUGAGGUGUUGCCUGGAGCCACCGAUACCGUCUCGGCGCUAGCCUUUUCGCCUACCGCCGACGUACUCGCGGUUUCGAGCUGGGACACGUACGUACGCAUUUACCGCAUCGACAAGACAAAUGCACAGCCUGUACAGCCAUGGCAGCAAUAUAACCACGAAGCACCGGUCAUGGACGUGUGCUUCAACGCUGAAGGCACCAAGGUCAUUUCCGGCGGCGCGGACAAGAUGGCACGCUGCUUUGACCUGAAUACAAACCAGACUUCCGUCGUUGCGCAGCACAACGAUACAAUUCGAUGUGUGCGAUGGAUGGCCGCACUAGGCGGUGCGCUGGUGACCGGCAGCUGGGACAAGACUGUCAAGGUGUGGAAGAUUGAGCCGCAGCCCACGCUGGUCACCUCGAUCGAUCUUCCGGAACGCGUAUACGCUAUGGAUGUCAUUGGCCCUGUCAUCAUCGUCGCAAUGGCCGAGCGCAAGAUUAUGGCGUUCCAGAUGAACGAGGCGACAGGUACAGCGCCGCAAGUUGUCGACCAGCUCAGCCCGCUGAAAUACCAAACGAGGUGCCUCGCCGCGCUCCCCGACGGGGACGGAUUCGCAUUGGGCGGUACCGAGGGCCGUGUCGCCGUGCACUAUUUCCAUGACCCGCCGGACCCAAAAGACGGAAAGGUAAAAAAGUUUGCCUUCCGGUGCCACCGACGCGCGAAUGCCGACCACUCCGACGUGCCGCGCAAUGAGACACAUCUAUUCCCUGUCAACUGUAUCAAGUUUAAUUCGCAAGGCACGUUUGCGACGGGUGGCGGUGACGGGUCCAUCAGUUUCUGGUGCAAGGCCAGCCGCACGCGUCUCAAGACGUUUGAGAACAAAGGCACACCUAUGGCGCCAAAAGAAGUGUUCAAGACGAAUCCGAAUCGCUUGCCACUCACUGCAAUUGCCUUUAAUGCAGACGCGUCUAUUUUUGCGUAUGCACUUGGCUACGACUGGCACAAAGGCUACCAGAGCGCCACGAGCGAGUCACACGUAUUUAUCCACCCGGUCAACCCGGAAGAUAUCAAGAAGCGGCCGCAAAAGACGUAG